ACCUGCCCGAACAGCUGAUUCUUUAUUUACCACUCAAUUGUCGAUGGAAAACGCCAGCGCGAAGACAAUUAGAAAUCGCUAAGUUAAAUAAAUAGAGAUCCGUGGUCGCAAGAUGUUCGGGAGCCUGAAAAAGAAGCUGAGCAGUGCGAUCCAGGAAGGCCUGGUGAUCUCGGAGAAUCUGCAACAGCAAUAUCGCCAGCGUGUCAGUUCCGGAAACUCGGGGAGCAGCCAAGCCAGUGGGAUUACGACCCCCACUUCGCCACUGGGCCUCAACGAGAGUCUGUCGUCCAGCAGGAGCAGUAGUCUCUCCCUUAGUGCUCCCUUCCAGCUAACCGAUGGAGUGCCCAGCCACCUAAAUGUGGCAGCGGGUUGCAGUUUGCUGGCCAAAUACGAGGAUGAUUGGCAGCAGAUUCAUGGCGCCAACGAAGAGAACGCGGAGAAGGCUGCGCAGAUUGCUAACCAAAUCUCCGGCAUCCAAAACCAGGCCAGCCAUCAGCGCAGGAUCAUGAGUGAGCUGAACAGUAGUCUGGCGGGAAUUCCUACUUUGAUAACCCAACUGCAAGCCAGCUCUAAGGUUCUUAAUUCCCUGGAGGAAAUGGGUCAGCAGUUGGAGAUUGAGCUGGAGAAGCUGGAGGAUCUGUGCGAGGAGUGCGAGCUCCAAGAGUUCAUCCUCGAGCAGCAGUUUCAGCUCUCCCGGCACAAGCAAAAGAAACUCAACGAACUGGAGCAGUAUCGCCAGCAAAUAGCCCAGAAACACCAAACCAAAAUCAAAGAUCAGGAGCAGACCCUCCUGAAGCUGCAGAGGGAACGACAGGCUGUCUUCGACGACGCCUUCCGGGAGGAUAUGGAGGAGUACAAACAGCACGGCCAGCUGACAAAAAUUCAAACCACCAGCAACAAGUUGGCUCUGGAGGAAGUCGUCCUUGAAGCCAACGAAGUGGAGACAAAGGAUGCUCUGGAGCAAUUUCUAAAUGGCUAACUCAGAUUGUUUGCUCAUCUUGCAAAAGACUACAAUUUGUGCCUUUAAGUGCAAUAAGCAGAGUAAUUGUUAACAUAUUUUAACGGGGACUUCUGAAAAAUAACUUAAUUUUUUACAUUUUCUUACUAUCAAACUAUUGCAUUAAAGGGAAUUGGACAUACAAAGAUUAAUUAUCAAUGCCAAAGUAUUUUAACAUUCAUAAUGUGUUAAAGUAAUUUCCAAAUUUCUUUACCAUCUCGGACAGAAUGUAGGCAAAUUUUAAAUAAGUUUUUAAAUAAUGAAGUCAAAGUAAAAGUGAAAUUUCAGGAAUCCCCCUACUUUAUAUGAAAUUCGUUGAUGUGGCAGCGUCACUGCAUGUUUUGACAGCGUUGAAUAAACAUUGUUUUUAUAGCAGUC